CGAUCCAUCAUGGCGGCCAUUUAUUGGCAACGUCCUCUAAAAAGACCAAGGUUAGGGCCUCCAGACGUCUAUCCACAAGACUAUAAACAACGAGAGGACGAACUAACGGAAGAAAAUGUCAAGAAAGGAUUCUCAUAUCAACCUUUAUUCAGUUCGAAUGAGUAUGGAUCUGCCAAAGACAUCGUAUCAAACGUCCCAAUAUCAAAGUUUGUACUCAGCUUUAAUAACAUAACCCACGAGAAACAGAAGAUCAAUACAGCACAGGAUUUAAACAAGAAGAAAUGUUCCAUAGCUAAAGAAAACUUUUGGAAUGUCACUGCCAGAUCAAGGAAUCUUAUACAGUUAUGGUUUCAAGAUCUUGCUGGUAAUAAACCCCUGACAGCAUUGGCCAAAAAGGUACCUAUCUUUAACAAAAAAGAAGAGAUUUUCAGUAGCUUGUGUGACAAUGCUGUUCCAAUGCUACGAGCUACCUGGUUUAUCAAGAUGACGUCAACUUACCAUACAGUCAUAUCUGAGGCUAAAAUAAAGAAGCGCUCCAUGGGAGACCCUUCAAUAGAAUGGACUCAUUCUUUGACAAAAUAUCUUAAAGACCAGCUGAAUAAACUGUCAGAUUAUUACCAGAGUCACUUUUCUGGUAUAACAUCAUCUCAGCUGCAGCAGAGAAUGACUCCUGAAGUUGAACAGUCCCAGAAACAGUGGAAUUACACAGUUAGGCUAGCUAACUGGCUUUAUGAGGAAAGCCUGCUGGACAGGCAAGAGUUUCUUCAAUGGCUACUUGAUGUGCUUGAGAAGGGUAAAGCCAGUGAUGAUGUGCUUCUAAAGUACCUUAUUCCUCUUGUUCUAAGGUAUGUGGACCAGAUUGUAUUGUCUCAGACUUUAGCAAGGAAUCUCACUCAUGUCUGCACCAAAAAGUUAUCAACAUUAUAUUCUGCUGCGGAACAAAUGCAGUCUGAGCAGCAAAAUCCAGCUCCUCCUCCCACUAUUCCUGGUAAGGUGACUGCCGGUGGCUUGACGUCUGGCCCUGGAGGACUAUCUAGCUCUACAGAAAGUUCAACUCCAACCAGCCAGUCAUCUGUCCUAUCCCAAUACAAGAACUGCCCUCAGCACAACUCUCUAGUACUUGCAUUAGCAGCUAUCCUUCAGGCUGUGACAAUAAGUUGUCCUGGAGCUCUGAUCUGGAACUCAGCUCCACAAAAUGCUGCACAGGCCAACACUUCAGCAAGCAAUGAUGCAGCUGCCAAACCAGCUGUGCUGGGAUCUCCUCUAGAUCGUCUACCAAUGGCACCUUCUUCUUUGCCUACACCUUCCAGUAAUGGACACAACUUUCUUACUCCUGAGAUUAUGAUGGCACUGCUGGGCAGUGAAGAGGAAAUCAAGACCAGAGGAAAGGCUAUUGAAUCAAGGUGGUCACCUGACAAAUACCAGGACAAAACAUCAGAUGUCUGUGUUUCAGCGAUUGCUGUCCAUCGUAUCCUUUCCACCCUGGAGAUACUUGAUAAGUUUGACUUUAACAGAUCAGGCGGCCAAAACUCACUGGAACAACUUUAUUCUAAGAUGUUUCCACCCUUGAAAGAGAAACAUGAGCUGUCCCAAACUGACCAAGCCAUUGUUCUUCUCCUGUGUGAAUGGGCUGUCACCAAGUAUCGAGUCGGCAAGCAUCGUGCUAUUGUUGUUGCUAAGCUACUACAGAAAAGACAAAUGGAAAUGACUAACGAGAAGGAGGAUAACACAGGUGCUGCAUCAUAUUUCGUUCCUGUGUGUCAGAAGGUGUUACAGGCUUUCUUGGACAACUAUGCUCCAGUAGUGGAGAGCUAUCAACACAGCAAAGGAGACCCAAGCUUUGCACAACUUGUUCUUCUAUUUGGUGAACUCAUCCGCCAUGAUGCGUUCUCUCAUAAUGCAUAUAUGUUUAAUCUGAUAUCUCGAGGAGACCUACAGCCUACUCCCCCCAUAUCUAUAACCUCCCCUCCCAGACAGACUCAUGAGAGCUUCCUGAACCCCCCUGAAAUGGAACACAUUGAAGAGUGUGUGCAGGAAGGAGAUGCACAUGGUAGUCUUGACAUACAGAUGUCAAGUCAUGAUGAAGUUAUUGGCAACAGUCAACAACUGGAAAUAGACCGAGAGCUACUCCUACACCAGGAAAGAUUACAGCGAUUACUAGACCAGGGAGACAAUGAACCAUUUCCAGAUCAUGAUCCACACUUACCUCAAACCCUUCAGGUGUCCCUUGGAUCAGAUGCAACCCAUGUUAACCUACACCACGUAUCCCAAGAAAGUCUAAAGCUGUUAUCCCAGAGUGACACCGUCUUACUUGACCAGAAAGACCUCUCUCACAUAGACACUAAACAACACCACGCCAAAAAAUCCCAGCAUGUACAAUACGCUACUCAUUUUCCUAUUCCUUUUGAAUGUGGCACCCAGCACGACUUGAAUCAGCGGCUAAUACUUCUGUAUGGAGUAGGAAAAUCCAGGACAGAAGCUAUAAACAAGAGUAAAGAAAUAACAAACUCUUUGAUGAAAAUGCUUCGAGAUCUAGCGAGUCCACAGUAUGGUGGUAGUUACGAGUACAGCCAGUGCCUAAAGAGUACCGCACUUUCUACAAGACGAGCAUUUGAGGAACAAGUAUCCAACCUGUAUAAUAAAUUCUCCAGCCUUCCUUGCUUCGAGCAGUACACAGCCGUCACAGACUGUGCUAAUGCCCUACAGGAGUAUCGUCAGACCACGUCUUCCGUCUUCGGCCUGUCCGGCCCCGUGCCAAGUAUCGACCAACUGGUGUUUCUCUUUGACUUGUUUGAACUAUCAGGAGACAUACACGGCUUGCUUGACUUCAUUUCUAAUGUUCUGAUGCCGGAUGAGGAAUUUCCAAUCCAAAUGCCUCCCGUAUCACCUGCUGUGGGAACAGUACCAUCCAAGACUAUUUUGACUGUUGCUAUGCUGCGGCGAUAUCACACUUGUCUGUCGCUGUUGCCGGAUCAUCUCGCUAGGGUGUUUAGAGGACUGCUUCACACAGUGGAAAACAUCUCUGAUCCGAGUAUGUGUACGUCGUCUGAGAGAUGUAUCCUGGCUUAUCUCCAUGACGUGUACUCUCUAAGCACCAUCCUUGAGUUGAGGUUUGCAGAUAUUUUCAGCACAGCUCACACUAAGAUCAGAAAAAAUAUCUGCUCUAGUAUCACCCCUUCAGCAUCAACAGCACAGUAUGAUCCAAAGUUUAUGAUGGAAUUCUUCAAUAAUCCAAGGUCAAUGAAACAGAAUUUAAUGUGGGAACAUCUUCUGGCAAACAAGAGACAAUCAGAUAUUUAUAGCUUUGUUUGCAAUGCUCUGAUGAAUGUUUGCAACUGUCAGAAUAGCGAGAGGUUAUUUGACAUUGCCGUCCUAUGCGCAGAAGUAACAGCUCAUUAUGGUAGACUCAGCUCGGAGUGGCUUGGAGUUCUAAAGGCCUUGUGCUGCUCAUCUAGUAAUUCUUGUGGCUUUGUAGAUCUUCUCUUAGAAGUCGAGGUUAGUGAUCUGUCCAUCCAUGAAUCAGUGGCCACCUUCACCGCAAUCAUGAUUGCUAGAGGUUGUUUCUCAUUGGAAGAUGUUAUCUAUCACGUGGCAAUGGACUCACUGUUGGACGCCAUUAAGUCAGGAGGUGACAAUCAGGAGGCAGAUGCAGGAGCACGAUUGACGUGUCAUCUUCUCCUACGCCUAUUGGACGAGAAGACAGACUUCAUGUCACAUGAUCAUUCCAGUGUUUCAAAGUUUCCUUUCAAGACGUCACCAGACCAUUACCUACUGGUCGCCGCCCAUGAUAAUAUAGGAGUACAUGCUAUACUAACCGUGCUUAAAGCCAUGUUACGACUCUCGGAAUCAGGUCGUGGCGGGAGAGUUGUGUCACAUGGUCCAGAUGUAUCACGUGAUGAUGGCUUUAGAGGGCUGUUCUCCUCGCGACUGGACGAUUUCACAGACACAACGUCUGGAACAGGAGAUAUCUUCCCUGUGCCCUUGGCUACUAGUAGAUCAGCAAUGGAAACCUCCAACACAAGUGCUUUCGCAGGCUUCACACUACAAGUGAUUUGUGGUCAGGAAUGGGUGCGAGAGCGGUGUCUUCAGGACCCUCAGAUACUCUUCUCACCUGAAUUACUGCUCGAUCCUGAAUUGACCGUCAACCAGCUGAGAAAACUUCUCCAUUUGAUUUGCUACCCUGCUGGUAUCUCGUCAUGCCUUGAUGGCUCUAUGCCCCUCACUUCCAGCAACGAAAUGGAAACAAUCGAUGAAGCUGCUUCGAGUAUUCUUCAGAGCCUCGAUCAAUGGUCGUUACGUAAAUCUUGGCUUGAACUACAGUUAAUGAUCAAGCAAGUAUCCAAAGAGGAGAUGGGAUCGCUUCUCGACGCAGUAGCGAUAGCCGCCAUGACAGUUUUUGUUCACAGACACGAACCAAAGCUUGGCACAAGUCAUAACAACACGAAGUCUGGUGUCAUUAAGGGACCAGAAUGGCUAGUAGCUCCUUUGAUUUCCAAGCUUCCUAGCUCUGUUCAAGGAAGACUUCUCAAGGCUGCAGGGGAGGUGCUGGACACACCGAAAUGGUGGAGACCCCACUCGGAUUCAUCUUCGCAUUCUCUUAUCCACACCCAGCCAUUCUUGUCACUGGUCUUAGAGUGCCUCAAGGGUCAGGAGGAACAAAGACAAGGACUGUUGCUGUCAAUCAGUAAACAAAUCACUCAUCUAUUGGCUGCCCCAACCGAGGAGAGAUGUCCAGCGGAUGUCAAAAGUAAAGAGGCGUUACAAGAAGCGUUACAUUUACGCAUAAGUUUGGUGGGCGCCAUGUUUGAUACUAUACAGCGAAGUGUCACGCUAUCCAGUGACUGGGCAACGUUACUCUUUCAACUCGUCAGCUCAGGGACCAUAACUGCGGAAUCUCUGCCUUCUAAGAAGGAAUUACUGACCACCGUGCUGGACAUGGUGUCGGUUCUUAUCAGUGUUGUUACCAACACCGAGGGCACUGCUGGUCAGCAGAUGAACGAUGAAACCAGAAAAGCAGCCAUCACUCUCUUCAAAAAACUCAAGCGUGAAUUGGCGGGUAAAAGUCCAAUAGAUAUUAUGCAAUGCAAGCAGCUCCUUCCUUUGCCCUCCCUGUCUCACACUGUACACACCAUGGAACCCAUGAAGGAUAGUGAUAAAACUAGUGGAGCAUCACAGGCUAAUGUACAGGGCCUCAAAAUAAAUGGCAGACAAAAGAUAAAUGCUUGGGACCUUAUGGAGGGACACAAGAAUCCCGCUCCUUUUGCCUGGUCAUGGUUUGGCUCCGUUCGUAUUGAGCGCCGGCCUUCUCGUUACGAGCAGGAGUUCCGCAAGCUGUUGCGCCACACCCAUCCGAGACGCAAACCCAACAGCUAUUUUAUCAACCCUCCGCCUGAUGAUGAUGAUGAAGAUGAUGAUGACGAGAAAAUGGAGACGGACGAUAAGAGUAGUGCGCCAUCGACACCGCAAACACCAGCUGAAGCUAGAGGUCAGCUAAAGUCAGUUGGUACCCCAGGAACACCUGGAUCUGCUUCAUGUCCAGUCCAACCUACAAUCACUAUCUCUCAACCAGAACAGAAACAAGCCACACCUGACGAGAAGCAAACCAAGACCAAGGCACCGCGACAACGUCGACGACAGUCAACCAAGGGACCAAGUCUGGCACAACAGAGAAAAAUGCAGCAACAGCUGCAGAAACAAUCUGGUAUGCUGUAUCAACAGCCAGGAAUGAUGUAUGGACAACAACCUGGACAACAGUUUUUGCAACAAGCACAACAGCAAGUCAUGCCUGGACAACAGGCUAUGCCUGGACAAGUCAUGUCUGGACAAGCCAUGCCUGGACAAACCAUGACUGGACAAACCAUGGUAGGACAGAGCAUGCCAGGGCAAACCAUGCAAGGACAGACUAUGCCUGGACAAACCAUGCAAGGACAGACUAUGCCUGGACAAUCCGUGGCAGGACAAGCUAUGCCUGGACAGAACAUACCUGGACAGGCUAUGCCAGUACAACAAAGAGUCGGUGCUCAAGAUUCCAAACUAAUCAUCAGGUCGUUAUUGGUCAACCGAGGCCAGACUCAGCAAAGAUCUCAGACCAACCAAGCUAUAUUUCAGCUUCUCAACCAACCACAGCAACAACAGCAGCAGCAGCAGCAGCAUCAACAACCACAGCAAGGUCAACAGGCUCUUUAUAGCUUACAACAACAGCUUCAGAGGACGACGCAACAACAGAUACAACAGCCAACACAACAGCUGAGGCAUCUGCCUCAGCCACAAACCACGAUGCAGGCUGCUGGGCAGACAGCAUUGAGACAGGACCAGACGUACAGCUUCAGUCAGUCACAGAGACCCAAGAGUCUGCAGAUUCCCAGCAGGGGGCAAGUACAGCCACGUGGAACCACACCCUCCACUCCCACAACUAUGGGUAUGCCUACAACAGUUCAGGGCAUGAGUGCCCCUGUAGGCUACGGCACUCAAACCUUCCCAGCAGGAGCAGCUGUUUCUCAGGCCCUUAACCGACCAAUGCAACCACAGCAAACCCAACAACAACAGCAACAGCAACAACAGUUUGCCCUCCAACAAGUAAUGCAAAACCAAUCUCAAGCUCAAUCUUCAGCUGGUCACCUUCAGCAUCAAGUGGCUCAAACUGGGCAUGUGCAAAUGAGUCAGGCUUCUCAACUUCAACAACCCAUGCAGACAACACAGUACCAGCAGCAAGCAGCAAGCAGAGUGAAUAUGACAAAACAAGCUGCUCUGAUGCUUAAAAAAAGACAACAGCAGCAGCAGCAGCAACUACAACUGCAAGCAUUUAAACAACAACAACAACAGCAGCAGCAGCAACAACAGCAACAACAACAACAGAUGCCACGAGAACUGAUUCGACAACUACGUCAAUACACAGGAGGAGAUAUCAGCUUGCAGUUCUCAGGUAACGAAGAGAUGGGAAGUCUACAGAGACAGCUGUCUGCUCCAGCGGAUGUUGGCCUGCAAAGACAAGUGUCACAGGAAAUGACGUUUCAAAGACAGCUUUCAACUCCCGUACCUCAGGAACUCACUCAACAACCACAACAACAACAGCAGCAACAACAACAACAGUUUACUACCAACCCUCAGUUUCAACCUGGACAAUUUUGACGACUCUCAGCGCUACAAAACGAGAAGCCAUAACAAAAGUGCUUUCUCAUUCCUACUGAGGAUUUCUUAUCCUUUUAUCGACACAGAGGAAUAAAGUCACGCGAUUCAAUGACGUCAAUACCACAGGUAUCCCAGUCCAAUAAAUGUAAUGAAUACGAAAGUAAAUAAAAAUGAAAUGUAAAUUAAGGUAAUGAUUUAAUUUCAUUCUAAAUAUAUAUAUAUAUAUGCAUUUCGAUGAUAUUUUAUUAUUUUUUAUCCAUUCUCCGUGAGAAUGCUGUCUCAACAUUUUUACUGUCGACUAGUAAUGGUAAGUCGUUCUAACAACGUGAAAUCUAGUAAUAGUGGUUAACAGCACGAAAUUGUAUAUAUUUUAAAGCAGAAAUAAAUUGAAGAAAGGAAUGUUUUAAA